AUGAAUGAUGUUGAGAAAAACGUGAAUCACAUAAAAGAAUUUGUCCAGACAUUUUAUUUCGCCAAAAAUGUGGAAAUAGUGAUCGAUGAAUCUGCUCUAAAAAGUGUAAAUAAAACACCCAAGGAAAAUAACGCAAGCGUAAUUAACCUAUACUCCUGUUACUCGGUUUGGCUAUGUAUGAAUGAGAUUUACCCCUCAUGGUUUGACAUAUCGAUUCACCCUGCUCAGUUUCAUUCGGAGUUGGAUGCCUACGAGUGUUUGCUAAAAUAUUUGAACGAAUACCACGAAAACAAGUUCGAAAGGAUAAUCAAGAGGGUUAUCGAAAAUUUAAUGAGCUUGACAGUGAACGAGUUCAUCGAUAUAUACAGCUUAGUAAUUCUGGCUGCCCUCGUCUCGGAUGACAAGCAAAAACACAUAAAUAACAUUUUGUCCCUUAGUCAUGAAACGCAGAAAUAUAUACAUAACAUUGUGGAGGUUCUGGAUAAAGAGAACAUCACUGAAUCCAUGAAAAACGAAAUCAAGCAGCUGAAGGAAAAAGUGAAAUAUCUAGAAAUGGAAAAUGAAAAUUUAACCAAUUCACUCACAGAAAAAAAUAAAACAAUCGAGGAGAACACUGAAAAAAUGGAGAAUCUCCAAAAACAAAUUAAUGCAGCUUGUGAAAAGUCUAAAAAUCAAUAUAUGACACAGAUAGAAGAACAAGAAAGGAAAAUCCAUGAAUUGCAAAACAGCUUAGAAAAACAAACCAAGGAUAGAAACCUCUUAGAAAAUGAUUUAAAAGGAAAAAUCAAAGAGUUGGAGGAUGAACAAAAUAUCCUGAAGCAAGAAAAUUCCAAUAUCGAAAAUUUGCAAAAUAAAAUAAAUAUAUAUAAAGAAAAAUUAGACAGUCUAAUGGUUGUUCAAAACAUCAACAAGGAAUUGGAGGACAAGCUUAGAGAUAACACGCAAAAAAUGGUGGACAUGGAAAAUGAAGUGGAAAAGUUGAAGCUCGAGUCAAGUAACCUCAUCAUAUACAAGGAUAAAUGCGCAGAUUUGGAUGUCAACUUAGUGAACGCAAAGACGGAGAAUGAAAAACUGAAACAAGACCUCGACGAGAAAAACAAAACCCUGCAAAAGCUGAAGAACGACUUAGAAGCGAAAAGCCAAUCCUAUGAACAGCUGAAGAAGGAACAAAAUUUUGACAAAAUCAACAUAGGACUAAGCAAUGUGGACCAAACAGAGGAAUUGAUCAGACUUAAAAAGGAAAACGAGAAUUUAAAAGAGAAAGUGUCGACAGACGCGAGUCAAGACAUGAACAAAGUGAAGGAGCUUGAACAACAAAUUGACGAUUUAAAGACAAUAAAUAAAAAGCUAGAAAAUAAAAUGUCCGAAAUUAUGGAUAAGCAGGACGCAAAAGACGACCCAACUGUGCAGGAAAAAUAUGAGAAAACGUUACAAGAAAUGGAAGAGAAGCAGAAGGAAGUAGAAGCAAAGCAGCAAGAAAUUAAAGAACUGACUGAGGCGAACGAAAAGAUGAAGAUUGAGAUGUCUAAUAUGAAAGGGAAUUCAGACUUAGCAACAAAUGAAAAAAUCAUAAAGCUGGAAGCCGAGUUGCUAAUGGAGAAGAAGAACAGUGGACUUGUUGAAGAGACGACAAAGAAUAAACUAAGCAAAGAAUUUAAUGCGGCUUUACAAAUCUUUAAGGAACAAUUACAAAUUAGGGAAAAGGAAACCGAAUACUACAAGGACGCACUGAAAACGCAAAUUGAUAUUUCCAAGGAUGAACAGAAACUAUUAAGCCAAAUUGUACACGGCUUAGGUCUCAAGUACAAACAGUUGCAAACUUACAAUUUGUCCUUACGGAACGAAAUCACGGCAAUAAAAUUAAGAGCCCAAACAUGCGCAGAAAUAGAGAAGAAAUAA